CCACAUCCACAUGCACACUGUAAAGAAAGCAAUUUCUUGUUAUUAUUUUAUUAAAUUGGAAAGGUUUAGUAGACAUCACAUCACUUUCCGAAUUUCUCAAUUUUCCCUCCAAAAACCACCGCCAAUUUCACUCAAUCUUGUCAACCCUAGCCCUAACCCAAACACUGCUUCCUUCUUAUGUCUUAAUCAGGAUUUGAACUAGAUUUGUUUUCGUAUGAAUUCAGAAUGGGCUCUCUCGGCGACGAUGAUGCUAAAAAUCAACCAAUCAAAACGAACCCUAAUGUCGAUUUUCCCCAUACUCAAAUGCAGGCCUUUGAUUCCCGGUUUACACCUCCUCCAUCGCCUGGUGUCAGAGUUGAAGAAUAUGAUGAUAAUAAGUUGCAGUUUGAUGAUACUGUUCCGGUUGAAGAUGCUUGUGAAACUCAAGCACUGAAUUUUGCUGGUGAAACUCAAGCACUGAAUUUUGAUGAUGAACCCCUAACAUUUAACUUUGGUGAUGAAGCUCAAGGAUUUAAUUUUGGUGAUGAAACUCGAGCUUUGAAUUUUGAUGAUGAACACCAAGCAUUGAAUUUCGGCGAUGAAACUCAAGUAUUGGAUUUUGGUGGCGAAACACAAGUACUGGAUUGUUUAGAUGGUGUUGAAAAUUUAGGAACACAAUUGUUGGAUGUGUUUGAUAACAAAGUUGCUGAUGAUAGCGACAUUGAAGGAUCUGAUAGAACUGAAGUUUUGGGUUUUGGUGAUGAUAUCUCUGAUGAUGAUUCAGCUAGAAGAUGGAGUGAUCAGUGGCUAGAGAAAGAGAAGGUGUGUACCUCUUCUGCUUCAGAAGAAGGUGAGAAAGUUUCAAGAGAAGGACCCGAUUCUUUGAAUGGAGAACCCUGUAAUUCAGGGCCCCAAGUUUCUACAACUCCAGUGACUCCAGUGACUCAAGGCACUCUACCAGGAACUGGAUCUGUGCCAAGGUUUACUUCAAUUCGUGUGGCAUCUUUGCGUGCUUCUGGUCUAGCAGCCCGGAGUUUGUAUUUGAAGGAAGCCAACUGCAAUUCUUGUUCUGCCCAGACUAAUGGUGUGUUUUCAGAUCAAGAUGACACUAGAAAUACUUGGGCAGAUCCAAAAGUCAUCGAUAAAAUUGAUCAGGUACAUGAUUCUGAGAAAGACAAUGAGAAAGGGAAGGGAUUAAGGAACGGAAACAAGUGCAGACUUGGUUCUUUAACUGCGAGAAAACUCUUUACUGAGGAUUCACUUUCUGAAAAUGAAGGACUUCCUUGCAACAGUGAGAACACUGAUGGAGGAGAAAACCAAUUGCAGUUGCCUGUUUGUGAUGUAGGGUUGGCUGGGUUAAGCUAUAUUGACUCUCAAGAACCUGGAGAAUUGUCACAAACCAAUGCCCUCAAAUUUGUGGAAAUGUAUAUUGAGAAGAGUAAUUUUGUUAAGUCUGAUCAUGAAAUGGACGGUGGAAAGAGUACCAGUGGGAAAUCAAAACCUCUUCCAAUUGCAAAAGGGCCACAAAGUUUGGCCAAGAAAGUCAAUAAUAGAAUCACAGUUGGAGAAAAAGGGAUUUUUGACUGGGAUGAUAACCAAGAGGAUGAAGGAGGGGGAGAUAUUUUCUGCAGAAGGAAGGAAGAAUUCUUUGGUAGUGGAAACCAUGUGCUCAGAUCUUUAACUGAACCCCAGAAACCCCAAAAUAUGCAAUUGGAUGUGUGCAGAGAGAAGGAAAAACAGCUAGAUGUGCAUGAUAAAAUCACAGUACGCUCUGAUUCAAGAUUAAUUUUGCACAAUAUGAAAGAGAAUAAAAAGAAGGCACAAGAAGGUGAAAUUAAAUUUAAGAAGAAUCUUGCUUUUGAGUUUGAUGAACAGUUUGAUACAGAUUCCUCAAGAGGACAAAUGGAAGACAUUGUUAGUAAGACAGAUGGGCCAGAGAUGUUAAAUGUUGGUCCUGACACUCAAAUGGCUGCUGAAGCCAUGGAAGCCUUAUUCUUUGGGGAGGUAAGUGCUAACCAUGAUGCUACGGAUCUACAAAGCAAUUCUAAUGGCCCUACUGAGGGUUCUUUGGAAGGAAAAUCUACAAAUAAGGUCCGCUCAUCCAGAAAAAAUGUACGUGUUUCAGAUGUUGGAGUAGCUACAAGACUAUCCAAGAAAAUAAAGAGAAAUGGCAAAAGAUUAAGUGAAGACUCUCCAGUUCCAUCAGCGAAACCUUCUGAGAAUAUAAGAAAGAAAUCUGCCUUGCCAGUUAUAACAAAUAAACGGAAGAGGGCCAAGUCAACCGCUGAAGGUCACGUCAGUAUCAGUGGAACCAAAAACAUGGUCAUGAUGCCUUCUAAGAUUAUUGGGCAAAGAAAGUUGGAGGUGGGUUCCAAAAGCAGCCAUUGCAAGGAGUUCAAUAGAUCACUUGAGAAAACUGUAAUAAGAAGUGGUCGCUCAAUCAAUCAACUGAAUUUACCCAAGGAAGUUAGUACUUAUGCGCCCAUUGCUUAUCGAACCAGGCAUUCCAAGUCAGUAAAUAAAUCAAAAACGCCUGAGCAUGUCCCUGGUGAUUGUAGAGAAGACAUUAACCAUCUGGAAGUUGGUGCUGUUGAAGGGAAUGGAGUUGAUACUGCAGAUGUUGAAGCUUCUGAAGUGUUGCAUGCCAAAAGGAAAUCUUCUAAAUUGGGUAUCAAUCAAUCUGGAGAUAUUAAAAGGGCCAAACCAAGUCAACCUGAUCAAUUGUAUUCAGAGUUAACAGCUAUGAAUAAUGGAAUUGAUACAUCGACUCAUCCUAAAGGAAGAAGAUCUCAACGAAGCUCUUCAGGACAGGUUAAUGGAUUUAAUAAGUUAGAUGAUCAAUUCAAGCCAUCUAUUCUGCCAGAAGGCAUCAACCAGUUUAUCUCUGUGCAUAAAAGAUCACGAAGCAAUGCUGGAAACAAUAGCAUUAGUUUAACCACAGAGAGGAAAACAAGAUCAUCUGUACGUGCUUGUGCCUGUAAUUCUACGGACAUGAAAGGGAAGAUAUCUAUAGAUUUAAUGGCUGUGAAAGAACUGCAGCACCCUGACAGAAAGAGUGUUGCAUAUUCCUUGACAGUCGCUGAAAAUGCAGAAGUGAAUGACAAGAUAUAUAGAUCUCCGGGAGAGAAAAGUGAAGCAUCUGAUGCAGCAUGUCCUUCUCCAGCUAACUGUAUGACACCUGUGAAUGCUGCAUCUCCUGUUUGUAUGGGUAAUGAAUAUCUUAAGCAAUCAUGUAAGAAAAACCUGUCAAAGUCAUGCCUUAUGAGGGAAAUCAGUAGCUUAAGUCCCACAGAACCAGAACCUAUUUCUCCAUUGAAAGAUUUGAGGAAGAGGAGAGAUAUGAGUAGCAUUCGAGUCUUGUUCAGCCAUCACUUGGACGAGGAUAUUAUUAAGCGGCAGAAAAAGAUUUUGGCUCGCUUAGGAGCUUCUGAAGCAAUUUCAAUUACGGAUGCAACACACUUCAUAACAGAUCAAUUUGUGCGCACAAGAAAUAUGUUAGAAGCAAUUGCUUCUGGCAAACCAGUGGUGACACAUUUAUGGCUUAAGAGCAUUGGACAAGUUAAGGUCCACGUUGAUGAAGAAGCCUACCUGCUUCGGGACACCAAAAAAGAAAAGGAGUUUGGCUUUAGCAUGCCAGUUACUUUGGCACGUGCACACAAGCUUCCACUCUUACAAGGUCGAAGAGUUUUUAUUACCCCACAUAUAAAACCUAGUAAAGAAACAAUUUCUGGUUUGGUUAAGGCAGUCCAUGGUCAGGUAGUGGAGAGAAUAGGAAGAUCUGCUGAUGGUGUGUUGAUUUUAUCCUGUGAAGAAGAUUACAGAAUCUGUGAGCCUUUCCUUGAAAAAGGGGCAGCUGUUUACAGUUCAGAGCUUCUACUGAAUGGCAUUGUUAUUCAGAAGCUGGAGUAUGAAAGGCAUCGUCUGUUUACGGAUCAUGUUAAGAGAACACGGUCAACAAUGUGGCUGAAAUAAGAUGUUAAGUUUCAUCCUGUGACAAAGCUUAAAUAGGAGGGACAUAUUUCUUAACCCUUCAUCCAAUUUUCAUCCUCUUUCGCUUCUUCUAUGAAUGAGAUAGGCCUGUAGGUAUCUGUACAUAUUCUGUACCUCCAACGAAUUUUGUGCUGUUAGGU